GAGUCAACAAAUCCUCCAUCCCCUUUCCUCUUUUGCUGAAAACAUCAAUGUGGACACACACGCCAACUGGGUUCCUGUUCGAGCCCUAAAUCGUCACGUACAAUUUCCAUUUUUAAAGUGUGAAUCAUGUGGGUUUUAUUGUAGGACUAUGCGAAGAUGAAGUUGAAUUUGACCUUUUUGGUUGUUUUGUUUAUAAUUUUAGUUGCAGUGCACUGCGCUGACACGGAUCUUGAGGUGAAGAAGAAUACACAUGAUGAUUUAGGUUCGAAAACAACAACGUCAAACCGAAAAGUUGGUUUGAAUGACAAAUCAAGCACAUCGGGGUCUAAUUUAGAAUCUGAGAAAGCAGAUGCUUCGGAGAAGGCCAAAUUUUCAAAUGAUAUCCCAAAUGCUUCUGUGGAUAAGACUAAGAGUGUUCCAAGUAAGCUAUUGGGGGAUGGAGAAGCUGGUAAUGUGAAAACAGAUUCAAAAGAUAAAGAGGUGGUAGAAGAUGUUGAGAAGAAAAGCAUAGCGGAUAAAGGGUCAAAAUCUAAAAAUGUGCCGGAAGAGGAAAAGUUGUCAUCCAUGAGGAAGGGGAGUUUUCGAGAUGAACAGUGUGAUUCAUCUUUCAAAUGCACAAUUGGUAGUGAUGAAAAUCAUGAAAUGGUUGCAUGUCUGAGUGUUCCUGGAGAUGAUUCUACCGAAGUUUCUCUUUUAAUACAGAAUAAGGGAAAAGGCCUGCUGGACGUGGAUAUUAAUGCUCCUGAUUUUGUUCGCCUAGAGAAAACAAAAAUUCAAAUCCAAGAGAAUGAUGACCAAAAGGUUAUGGUUUCUAUCGGAGAUGGAAAAACCGAAAGACUUAUAACUCUAAAAACACACAAAGGGAAUUGCAGUCUCGACUUUAUGGAUUUUCUUACACAUAACCCCAUGAAGAAAUCCAACUAUAUGUCACAAUUGACUUUCACCAAUCUUUUCAGACGAACGCCAUUUCUUGGACUCAUAUCUUUAGCUUUCCUACUGAUUAUCGCAUCAGUCCUGGUGUGUGUGACCUAUCAACGAAGACGUUUUCUGAACAAUGGCACGAAAUACCAAAAGUUAGACGCCGAGCUCCCGGUUUCAGGUGGGCCCAAGACAGAUUUUGACCAAAAAGGUGGAUGGGAUGACAAUUGGAGUGAUGAUUGGGAUGAUGUUGAAGCACCCAGUACUCCCUCCAUGCCUCUCACUCCAAGCAUUUCUUCUGCCGGUGUUUCUUCGCGACGAGUUAACAAGGAUGCUUGGAAAGACUAGAAUUACAACCAAAUUUUGCUUUUUCUUUUUACUUCAAGUAAUCUAAGAUCUGAGGUAAAAUCCCUUUUUCCCUACUCUCAAAUAGAACGUUUUUCGUGUACCAUUUUUUUCCAUGAAAUACGACAAGAUUUGUAUGUCAAGUAGUCGAGUUUUUAUCAUCUAAUCUAUUUGUGGAUCUUGGAUUAUUUGAUGCAGCAAUUUUGCUGCUAGAUUUCUCUAUAAAUCUGAGUUCUAAAUGGUAAAA